UUGAUUUAUACCAUAAGCUUUCUUGCACUUGCUUGGACUCUUACAUUCUUAUAUAGCUUUAUUCUACUUUGCUUUCAGUCGGAUGCUCACGACAACAUCCAAUUCGAGUCUGAAUCAAGUCAGUCCAAUUCCGACAGGAGUUCGCAGCGGACUCAUCCCCGACAGAUCAAACGGCUUGAUCAAUCCUCCUUGAAUCUGGUCCGCCGCAAAUCCGAGCUUCCACAUAACCCAGCCACCCUCAAGGCCCUGCAGCAGCAUCAUCGCCUUGAUGGCUUUCUGUCUGCCAACAUGGAUGAGUAG